GAUUGUGGAGAGUCUGCCUCAGAAGGACCAGUUUUAGAGGCCACAGGGAGGACUCUCCUGCGUCCCCAGGUGCUGAACACCUCUGCCUCCGUGGAGCUCCUGCCGCUUCUGGUGGUGAGCGGCUACCAUGCCUAUUCCCUACAGGUCGCUUGCCCACUGGUAUCAUCUCAGCCAGAGUUGGAGGUCUUAGUUCAUAUUCCCAAGCAGAGGCUGGGUCUGGUGAAAAGAGGGUCUCGCAUAGAGGAAACUCUGAGCCUAAAAUUCCUCCGAGUGCACCAGUCCGACACCUUCACAGUGACAGAGAGCAGGGAUUUUGUGGUGGUCAGCAUCCCAGCAGCUGCACUGCUCCAGGUCCAGCCAUGCCAGGAGCCCCGAGGAGCCCAGGGAUGCAAACUUUUUAUAAGUAGACCUGACCUGGGAUUUGCUGAGACCUCCCCAGUGCUCUGGACGGUGGAGAACUUCUUCCAGUGUGUGGGUUCAGGAACUGAGUCACCUGCUUCAACAGCCACACUGAGGACCACUCCAUCCUUCCCAUCCCCAGGACCAGGGACAGGAAUGCCAGCUGCUGCCUCGUCUCACUUCCACAAUGCACAGCUGGCUGCCUGGGAAGGGCCCUCUUGGGGCUUUGUGAACAAGCCCUCGGAGAGGCCACUUAAGGAACGUGGACCAUCCCUGCAAACAACCAGACCUACAGGAGGAAGCUGGGCAUCCACUGCCUCCCUUUUCCCCAGAGCAACGCAAGAUUGGCAUGGUGGUCCCCAGACUUCCCUGGGGAAAAUGGCAUUACCGCCACCUUCCCUGACUUCAGCCACACUCUCCUCAGAGCCCACGGGAGCUGCCCAGGCUGGCCCCAGGCCCUCACAUCCAGUGUUCCCGGAUCCCACUGUCCUGACUACGCCUUUGUCCUCAGAAGUCUCCUCUCCUCCAAGGCUUCCCUGGAGAUUUGACUGUUCCAAAGUGUUCCUGAGCACAGGGCCAUCUGUCAUUCUUACUAAAGGCCCAGGAACUAUGAGGUCUGAGCAGGAUCCUGCCAAGUUACCAGAAAGUCCCCUUUUGCUAGGGGAUGUGCCCACAAUUGAGCCCAUUCAGGGGGAGCCUGACCAGGCCAGUGAGGAGUUCCAGCCAUCAGUGAGGCCCUCCGUGACCAGCCUGACUGAAGAGGCAUUGUUUUCCCACCGUCCCUUGGGAAUACCCGAGGUAUCGCUUAUAACUGAGCCUGUAGGACCACCCCAAAGUGACCAUGGCCUCCCCGAGGAGGGGACCAGAGGGCACCUGGACCUUUCAACCCCAGAACCAAGUCAGGUCAUGGAGGGGCUGGGCUUCACCAUCUUGCUGGGGUCAGAUGCCAUAUUCACCACCCCAAGAGGUAGGCAACCAGAUGCCAGUGCCAAUCUGAUGACCUCAGGACCAGAGUCCCUUGGAGACAGUGUGGGCCCCGUAGGCCUCCUGACAGCUUUCCCAGAGAGCCCUGUGCUUCCUACCUCCAAGAAGCCUGCAGUUUCAUCUACAGGAGGGUCAAAUAGAGUCCCAGACACAGAAUCAGCCCCCAAGUGGCCCAUGGGCUUGCCUGAGCUGGGGGCUGCACACACAUCCAGCCCUCUAUCUUCACCCACUCUGAGCCUUCGGGCUCCUGCAGAAAUCACGUUGUCCAGCCCAGCUGAGCCUGGAAGCCCUUUUCUUGCUGGUCAGGGGGCCUCAUCCCAGCAGGAGCCAACAGAGACCAUGUUGGCUACCAGCCUGGAGAGUACUAGACCUCUCGAGCUUUGGUAAAUUGUGGAGGGGCCUCUGAGAGGCUCCCGUGCUGGGCCUCAGUGGAGACUGUGAGAGUGAGCCCUGGGAGUGCACUGUGUGUGUGUGUGUGGGGGGGACACGCCAAGGAAUGAGGGGACAGUGUCUGGGUUGCUUGGACCUCCCAGCAGGAAGGGGAGCUGUGCGCAGGACGACAGGCCUUGUCGUAUUGGAGCUGGCCCAGCCACAUUUCUGUGCUUCCUCUCGUUGUCAAAGGGGGUGAGGCACUGAGGUAGGGCACAGGUUCUGUGGGCAGGCUUACCAGGGUCUGGUGUUCCUGUCCUGGUAAUGUGACCUUGGCAAACAUCCCUGAGCCUCAGUUUCCUGAUUAGUCAAAUAGAAAAGACACUAGUUCCUCCCCAACAGGGCUGUUGAGGGGUGAGUGAGGAACCGAUUUAAAGCCGUUAGUGCGGAGCCCUCUGCUAGUGCAGUGGGGGCCACUCUGUGGUUAUUGUGGGCAGACAAAUCAGAGCAGCCAAACUGUGCACCUCCCCUCCUCAGAAAUUGGAGGAGGGAAGGGUGUCAUGACCCCUCCCUGGAGCCUCAAGGGGCCAAGACCCCAGGUCCCUAAAGGACCCCAGGGUAGGAGAGCAGGAGGGGAGAGAAGAGGGGAGGAGGAUGCCACUGUUUUGCUUUGUACUCACCACUCCCUCUGGUUUCCAUGGCAGCAGCUGGUACCCUGCUGCUGGCUUGGGCAACCCCAGUGACCUCCGGUGACCCAGUGCUCCCAGGUUCCCUGGUCCAGAAGCCCAGCUGUGGCUAGGUGUAGUGGCCUGGGCUGGAACCACACUCAGUGCUUCCCUGGAAGGGUGGCACCCCACCCCCUCCAGACCGACCCAUGGCUGGAAGUGGGAUUUGAAACACAGCCAAGAGGAGGCUGUCAGCAACGCCCGCCAGCCCGGAACGCAACUAAAUAAAUAAAUAAAUAAUCAGGGUUGU